AUGGAAGGAACCAGCAAUGCCAAAGCCACCAGCAGUGUUCCAAAAAAGCCCCGAACUGCAUCAUUUUACAGAGUAAUAAAGGUUUUCUCCCCUCUUCCAUACCUUGCCAAAGCCAGAGAUUUCUAUAUCAGAAGCAUGACUCAGUGUGCUGGGAGGGCUAAUUACAGCGGCCUAGCUGCAGGGGCUCUCGGGGUUUCCACCAUUACCCUGCCAAAAAGCUUCAGCACCUCCUCCCUUACAUAUGAUGAUGAAUUUGGUGAGCUCGUUAGGGCUGCCUCACAGAGCAAUAAAUCAUCUCCUGUGGCUCAAGAAAAGGAAAUUCCCAGAAGUUUUAGUACCAAUGGGGCACCUUCUGUGGGAAGGAUUGAUGAGGACAGUCCCUGCUAUUUUGGUGGGUCUUUCAGAAAGAAUGCUGCGCAACCAGAUCUUCGUUACCCUCGUGCUCGAAGCUGUCGUCCUGCCCGAAUUUCCCGUGUCAGGGAAGAAAUUGUUGAGUGUGCGUGAAAAUCU